UCUUUCAAUGAGGAAUAGUUGAGUCCGACAGGACAUUCCCUGAGCUUGGUACAGUGCAGUGCUCAGAGUUACGUUGUAGCAGCGUUUUGUUUCUUUUUAGUAAAUAGAUACUUUUAUACAGCGGGCAACAUGAAAUGGAUGUUUAAAGAAGACCAUUCAUUAGAACACAGGUGUGUCGAAUCUGCCAAAAUCAGAGCCAAAUAUCCAGACAGAGUACCAGUGAUAGUGGAGAAGGUAUCUGGCUCACAGAUAGUGGAUAUAGACAAAAGAAAGUACCUGGUGCCCUCUGAUAUCACAGUGGCACAGUUCAUGUGGAUUAUUAGGAAACGGAUCCAGCUGCCAUCUGAGAAAGCCAUCUUCCUAUUUGUAGAUAAAACAGUCCCUCAAUCCAGUUUGACCAUGGGCCAACUGUAUGAGAAGGAAAAAGAUGAAGAUGGAUUUUUGUAUGUGGCUUAUAGUGGAGAAAACACAUUUGGCUUCUAAAUGUCUGUGCUUUAGCUCACAGCCACAGUUAAUGCUCACCAGUGGAAAGCCUACUUGUACUGUAGAUACACUCUCUUUUUGGAAUAUGAUCUUGUGCGGAACAUUACUCAUUAUGAAUGCAUUUAUUACUUGUUUCACACUAUAUUCAGUUUAUUGUGUUUAAAUUAAUAAAUUAUAUAAACAGAUUAGUUUUCUUUGCAGCUAAGUAUUGUGACAUGCCUGCUGUUUGAGAUUUUUAAUUAGUUUAGACCCGUAUUUAAGAAAUGUUGUGUAAAUAUUGAAUGAUAAGGUGGCUGGAACAACCUAACCAACAAUAAAAGACAUCAGAAUUUA